UGCCUUGAGUGUUUCAUACAGCCCCGCAGUCUCUUUCAACGCCAUGGUGAAUCUGCAAAAUGUACGACACCGGCCACCAUAAUACGGUAAACGGCUGUCGUAAAGAAAAGUUCGCGUCGCCAUCGGCUGCUCCGAGAUCAGACCGACAGUUGGUCAAGAUGGCGGCUUUUGGGGAAGAGAGGUGGCUAAAUGAUUUGCCAAACCAUGCCAUUUUCAAAACGAUACGAGAUAAACUGGGCUUGGAAUCAAAAGCAAAUGAAAAUGGAAUCAACAAGAACCUCACGUUUUGUUUAGGUGGGGACUUUUUCGUGUGGGACGAAGCAGACCGCGUGUUUUACACAACCAACUUACGACAGUUAAACUCGGAUGAGAGUCAAAGUAGCGGGAAGUAUCAGACGUUGCUAUGUAUCAACCCUCCUCUCUUCGAAGUGUGCCAAGUGUUGCUUAGCCCAACGCAGCACCUCGUCGCGCUUGUUGGCCAGCGGGGCUUAUCGGUUCUGGAGCUUCCUCAGCGGUGGGGCAAGAGGUCCGAGUUCGAGGGUGGACGGAACGUGAUCAACUGCAAAACCAUACCUGUGGCGGAGCGCUUCUUCACCAGUUCACCGUCGGUGAAUCUGCGGCAGGCGGCUUGGUACCCCAGUGAGACAGAUGACCCCCAUCUAGUAAUGCUCACAUCCGAUAAUACCAUCAGAUUUUACGGCCUAAAGUCGCCUCAGACACCAACCAAAGUCCUACCCGUGUCGCAGUCGGAAGAUGACGGCAGCAUCCAUCCCCCGACAAAAUCCUAUGCAGCAUCUCUUGGAGAAAUAGCUGUGGCGUUUGACUUUGGGCCAGUUUCCCCUCCUCCUCGGCAGCUACCAGCACAGUGCUCCAAAGAAAAACUGGCUUACCCUCUGUAUAUUCUCUACGAAAAUGGGGAGACCUACGUAAGCUACACAAGCCUGGCAAACAGUGUGAGUUUAAGUAAACCAGCUGGACCGCUCCCCAUGUAUCCUGCUGCAGAGGAUAACUAUGGUUAUGAUGCUUGUGCCAUCUUAUGCUUGCCAUGUGUUCCCAGUAUCCUGGUCAUUGCCACAGAGACAGGCACCCUGUAUCACUGUGUGGUGCUGGAGUCUGAAGAAGAGGAAGAGACCAGGGUGGUGGAAAAGUGGAUCAGAGGAACAGAGGCGGUGCCAGCCCUCUAUGUGUUUGAAUGCGUUGAGCUUGAGCUCACUCUCAAAGUAGCCACAGGAGAGGAUGAGGAGCCUCAAGAGUUUGACUUCACUUGUUCAAUCAGACUGCAUCGAGACCCUUUGUGCCAGCACAGGUAUCAUUGCACCCACGAAGCCGGAGUGCACAGUGUGGGGCUGAUAUGGGUCAAUAAGCUGCAGAAGUUCCUCCAGUCAAAUGAGGAGGAUAAGGACAGUCUGCAGGAGCUGGCUGCUGAGAAGCGCUGCAUUGUAGAGCACAUUGUUUGCACUAGACCACUGCUAACCAGUCAGUCAUCUCCCAUUUGUGGCUUUUUGAUUGUGUCUGACCUUUCCUUAGGUGCCACUAUGGUUUGCAUCACUGGCUCCUAUGAGUGCAUCACUCUGCCCUUAUUGAGCUCCAUUCGCCCUCCUUCCCCUCCCUUGCUGUGUUCCCACCCAGGCUCAGGUUUUGCUAGCUCUCCUCUGCGUGGACUGGCCGAAGACUCCUUCGAGCAACACGUUCGCAACAUCCUGGCACGGAGCUCCACCAAUCCCCUUGUGCUCAAGGCUGGGGACAAGGACACAUCACCGCCACCUCCGGAGUGUCUGCAGCUCCUCAGCAGAGCCACACAGGUCUUCCGUGAGGAGUACAUUUUGAAACAGGACAUGGCUCGCGAGGAGAUGCAAAGAAGAGUGAAGCUCCUGACGGACCAGAAGAACAAACAGCUGGAGGAGCUGACUCUGUGCAGGGAGGAAAAGAAGAGUUUAAGAGAGGCCGCAGAGAGACUGGCUGAUAAGUACGAAGAUGCCAAGUAUCGCCAGGAAACCACUGUAAACAGGGUUAAAAAAGUGCUGUGCAGCCUGCAAAACCAGCUACCCAUACUAUCAAACAGUGAAAGGGAUAUGAAGAAGGAGCUGCAGACCAUCAGUGAUCAGCUCAAACACCUGAACAACUGCAUCAGACAGGUGAACAUGAAGAUGGAGUACCAGAAGACACAAGUUGACAAGGAUAUGUCUACAUCCAAAACAACGGUCUCACUCAACGCCCAUCAAAAGAAGGUUGUUCAGGAUGUCCUCAGAGAGCAGGGACAGCAAAUCGGUGAUAUGAUGAAGCAGAUCAAAGACGUCAAAAAUCAUUUCAGUUUCUAAGCACUUAUGAAGCUCCUGAGAUGUUUUCCUGGGGAAAUAUUUCAAAUUCCCUGCACUGCAUACUGUUAUCUUUAUCCUCUCUUUUUGUGACAUUCAAUGAGAUGCUAUGUUCUGUGUUGUAUCUUUAAUUUGAUGUGCCAUUUGAUGAAUAGGUGUUUGGAUCGAGAGAUAUUUUGCAUACACUAGUAUAACUUUUGAUACAGCUACAUGUUAAUUUCUUAAAAGGAAUGCAGUGUGUUUGGCCUCUUUGUUGUUGGUUUGAGUCACUGUAAGUAGAAUAAGUCAUCUUAGACAAAUGAAACCUAUUUUAAGUGAAACCAAGCCAUAUUUGACAUGGAUUGUUGAUUUAUUUGGGGGAUUAAAAAAGAAACUUGGCAGUUUUC